AACAAUGAUGUCGAAAAUAAGAGUUGAAGAUUCCAGAAAUGGCACUUACUCCGGUCUGUGGAAAAAAGUCAUUGAGUACUCAGAAGGCAGGACUAGUACUGCUAGACGAUUCCGUCAUGCGUUCACACACCACAGGAGUGGUCAGCAGAGUUUUGACCAUUACUGGAGGAUACUGAGACCCCUUUUUGUGGAGGAGACAGAGCGGGUGAAUGCACACUUUAACCUGCUUACAUUUGCUUUCUGAAGUUUUUGGAGGUGAAAGUCAGAGUUUGCUAGGUCUGAAGGUGUCCAGCAGUUUCCCAGCAUCUACUGUAGUAUCUGUCAUGUCAUCUGUACAUCAGACUACUGUAGCUAGUCAAAGGAAGUCCAUGAAGACGCUGAAUAGAGAGAACUACAUAUUACUGUUGAAUGACAUAGCUCCAGAUGUACUCAGUGACCUCCAACAGCUGCCUGAACUCUUCAGGUUCCAGGUCCUGGGGGUGGAAAUAUUCACCAAAUUACUGUCGCUGAGAGAGACAUUUUUGUUUUAUUUGGGCCAUUGGUUGCUGCUGGCCCGCACCACCAUCUUGGAGGUCCCAAGCCCAGAGCUGCUAAAACUGGCCUAUAGCACCCUACACCCCAAUCCCCAGGAAAAUUCAGCCUCACCCAUAGAGACGGGAUUCAUCGAGGAAGCCAUACGAUUGGUGGGUGGUUCUGUGCAAAAUAUCCAGAUAUUGGCCGGGGUUCAUCACCAUGGUUACAGACCUGUCAGUCAAAGGCGACUGGUACGGGUUGACAUUGACACUUUACAGAGAAGGGUCGUCCUGGAUUGCGAGAAAAGGUCAGGUGACCUCCAGUUGAGAUCAGAUGGUGUGACCUACCUGAGUCACAUGACUGACAAGAAAGAGCUGUCCAUAACUCCGAUUGGUAGAGCAGGCAGUGGGGUGGGACUGGAAUUCAUACUACAGAUUGGUCCAUCAGCAGCUGAAAGGAAACUAUUGUUUCUGAAGUACCUGAGUCUGUCCGUGUGGCCAGACAUGUGUCCUCAUCAUGUGGUGUACUUUAACCAGAGCCUUAUCUAUUACCCUGUGACCACCCCGUCCACCCAUCUGUCCUCCAGCAAUCUGCUUCCCCAGGCUGAGGCAGACCAGACACAGUUUUUACUGCAGAUGUUUUCCUCAGAGCUUGGCCCUGAGCCUUUCUCAUUUAUGGAAUAUAACAGUAGAAAAGGGUUGUUGAUAUCCAGCCUGACCGCCAAGUACAGAAACAGCACAUUUGUGUCCCUUCAAGAGGAGAAGACCCUGGCAGAACAGUUAUAUAAGGAAUUAAAGGCAGAGAAUUUACACAAUGUUGCAAUCUGCGUUUUGGACAUCAACAGGGAUUUCACUCAGAAAAUGGUUAAAAGUCCUGACUUUCUACGAUAUCAGUUCAUUGGUUCAUCUGUGUUCCUGAACUUGAUGAAGAAGGGCCCCAGGCCUGAGUUUAACCAUUUCCUGGGAGAAGUCUUAGCCUCUGCAGUGACCAGCUUUGUUCAGGUGCCUUCUGCUGAGAUCUUUUCCUUAGCGAUGACGACAUUUUUCCCAUCAGAGGAUUAUUACCUGUUUGAGAACAGCCCCAGUGAUUACAAGAAAAAGUUUAUGGGGGCAAAUCAUCCUUUAACCAUUUAUGAAGGUGCAGAGUUAAAGUUCCUGAGAGAGAGUGCUCAGGCUAAUGUCAAUGUUACAAUAUCAGCUGAAGUUGUCUCCCUUCCGACUGUGGCCAGUAGCCUGCCAUGGAGAUUGGUACGAGUGGAUGUCAAGAAUUUAAGCGUACAGGUUGAUCAUCACUUUGACUACAGUUUAGAUGGGCACUCAAGGAAAUACCAGCAACACUGCGUGGCUCGAAACAAAACCAGCUAUGAUGUGUUCCUGAUACGAGAACAAGAUGGCUUUAAAAUUCCAUACGGAAAUUUACAUGCUAUAUCUCUGAUAGCCCUGUUGAGGAUGGGAAUUUUACAUGAGAUUAAAUCAGACUUUUAUGACAAAUUUUUACAGCUGCCAUUGUAUGAGGAUAUGGCACCGUGGAACAUUGUGUUUCAGGCAGGGCGUUUGGAUUACAUUGACUAUGACAGCAAGGAUGUUACUUUUGAUAAAAUGGUUCCAGCAGCAUAUCAGAUUCUUGCAAUGCUAAUGAAUUAUGAGCGAACAGUGAAGGAUUUUGGACACUGUAAUGAACAUGCAAAGAAUGCGUACCAGUUUAAGCUGAUCUCCAACUGUGUGGGUAACAGUGGAUUUGAUGGACCUUGCACAGACUCGAGAUUCCCUGUGCCUUGUGGAGACCGAAGCUGUCGCUCCACAUACAUAGAAUGUCUACAGGUGCUCAACCAGCUUGAGAAACAUAAAUCCAAACUCAAAAACACAGGUUAUCAGAGCAGAAGUCAGCCUGAGGUGCCGAAAUCAGGAUUGUCAGACUUUGGUUCUGUCCAACAAGAAUGGUCCUUCAAUUCCAAGGGUGCUGUCUCAUAAUUUAGAAUAUGAAAGUUCUUAUCUGUCACAAAAGUGAAGAUGUGUCAUAUUUAUUGUGACGAAAAGCAUAAAACCUGGGUUUGUUGUGAUAAAACCAGCAAAAGCAAUGGUUGAUACUCUUAUUACCUAAAGUAUUAAUAACAAAUCCAGGUGAAUUUUUUAAUGUUUAAAAUAUCUUAUUUCUUGUUUGUAUUUUAUAAUGUAUAUGAUGUAAAAGAAGUAUGUCCAUGCUGUGUUCAGCUGAAAUUUUGUUCAAAUGUCAUUUUAUGAAUUAGGUGGGAGCAGUUAAAAUAAGCGAUGUUGUAUGUUGUUUACUUGUUCUGUACAGUUGACGUUAUACUGUAUAAGUGAUUGUCAGUCAUUCUGAAUUGAUGAUGCCUUAAUCUGUUGUCAUCAUUUUGUGGUGAUUUACCCACCUCCACGCAGUUCACUUUCAUAUUUUCAUUCCAACACGUUUGUACUAUGUCCCUGCUUUCUAGCUGCUAGUGUUUUUGCUAUGACAUAAUGGGGAACUCGUAAAACUCCUUCCCGUUUGUAUCAAGACGGUCCAAACCUGUGAACUCAGUUGUUCUUUCGUUUAUUAUCAAUCGUCACAAUUAUCGGAGUAUGCGUUCUGAUAAAACAUAUAUGAAGUACGCAUGCACUGUGACAUCACAGGAGAAAAUCAAUUUAUGUCCUCUACAGGUGGCAAAUUUUGUGCCCAUGAUGAAAUAUCGUAGGUCGGUCGUAACAAUGAAAAACCUGCAGAUAUGUCAGCAAGUUUGGCCCCCAGGCGCCACAAUAAGCACCUGUAAACCUUAUGUACGUUUCAGUAGCUGCUGCAGAAAAUCGACCAGAGAAGUAUUCAUGCGCAUGUCAGCCUCAAAACAAAACAUCAGUGCAGGUACAUUUUUUACCUUUUUUCAUUGAAGAGUUUCAGUUGUCCAAAGCUAAGUUGCUGAUAGUGAAAAGAAGUCCAUCGUAAAUCCUUCAUGCUGUCGUAAAGUUAAGACACUUUUGAGAAACAAUCCCCAGCUCAGUUAUGUUGCGAAACUGUCGCAGCAGUUUUCUCAGUUACAUAUUCUAACACCAAGGGAGAUCACUGUGUAAUGUAAUGCGGUUAGUUUAAUAGCUGUUCAUAGUGUAAAAAGGGCUUUUGCCUACCAGGUAGCUUGUGCUGGAAGUCCUUUAACUCCGCAUUGAGAUCCAGCCCUGCUUGGUUCUGGCUGGACUAAUUAAUUAAUUUAAUACACUAGUGUUUAAUACAACUCAGUAAUAUUUCAUGGAGAAGACUUGGAGGUAACCUACGUGUAGGUAAACAGCCUUUUCACCCAAUACCUGACUUAAAACUCUAGCUGUCUUGUACAAGUGGUAGUAGCUGUUUUCAUGCAGGUGGUAGUGGCUGUUUUCAUGCGGGUGGUAGUGGCUGUUUUCAUGCUUGUACAUGGUAGUGGCUGUUUUGAUGCAGGUGGUAGUGGCUGUUUUGAUACAGGUGGUAAAUUGACUGGAUCCAUGAGUGAUAACUUAUCAGUACAUUGUAAUCUGCAAAAGAUAUUUUGUCAGUUUAUAGUUUUUUUGUAAGUAGGACCCAGUAUUUAGAGUGUUGCUGACUGUGAUAAUUGUCAGUCUGGUCUUUUCCACUAAUGGGUUGCUAGUCCACGUUUUGUGUUCAAAAGGGAAAAUCAUCCACUGACUGUACUCAUUGUACUAAAUGUUUUGUACACAUGGUAAAUCUGCCCAUGGUUUUGUACAAAUUUGAGUUUGUCAGUUUUUAUAUUAGAAUUGAUAUUCCAGUUUGACUAUGGAAAUAAAUUUUUCAGUUGACUGUUUUGUAUACAAACCUUGAUGAUUUGUCUGUUGACUAUUUUUUGUGAUAAUGAUAAUUUGUCUGGUAAAUUGUCCUUCAUGAAAGUUUUUCUACAAGUUACUAUUAUGCAGAUAUUUCAUGAUAAGCAGUUGAUGAUUUGUCUGUUGACUAUUUUUUGUGAUAAUGGUAAUUCGUCUGGUAAAUUGUCCUUUGUGAAAGUUUUUCUACAAGUUACUAUUAUGCAGAUGUUUCAUGAUAAGCAGUUGACAACAUUUAUGUACAUUUCUAUACAAGUGUUAAUGUGUUUAGUAUUCAUCAGUAUUGUGUGGACACCAGAUUUUUGUCUGCAGUUGAUCACUAUAAAAGCUUGACUGUUUGUGUAUGCAAGAAUUACUUAUUUAUUUUAUUUAUUUGAAUUACAGUAGUUGUGAUUUGUGGUUUCAUUAAGAAACUAUUUCUUAUUUAUUGAUACAUCUACAUGUAUAUGUAUUUGAACACUUCCUGGGUGUUAAAUGUUUAUGUAGGUAUCCAAUACUUUACAAGGUACAGGAUAUGUAUCCUUCAUACUUUUGUGAAAGUGCCACAAUUGUGGUCUCUCCAGCAUUACAGCCUUUGAUUGUACAUGUACAAUGCUCAUAAUAAAA